AUGUUGCCCAUCGCAUGGAUCUCAAGUCUGUGCAUGGCGAUCGCCACGGUGGUUGGCCAGCCAGUGCCUCCCAAAUCGCCACACAGCGUCCAGUUCUUGCAUGAGCAGAACAAAAAAAGAUUCUACGAUUACCAAAACGCAGUCCUCAGAGGUGUCAACAUCGGUGGCUGGUUCGUGCUCGAGCCUUUCAUCACGCCCUCUCUGUUUGAGACGUUCCGCACCCAGGAAAACAGCGACGAAGGCAUCCCGGCUGACGAGUACCAUUACACGCAGGCUUUGGGCCAAGAUGUCGCCAGUUCUCGUCUAGAACAGCACUGGUCGUCGUGGUUCACCGAGAAAGAUUUCGCUAACAUCGCAGACGCGGGCCUCAACUUUGUGCGUAUCCCAAUUGGUUACUGGGCUUUCCAAAAACUCGACUCGGACCCUUACGUCAAGGGUUCCCAGGAGUACUAUUUGGACCAAGCCAUCCAAUGGGCUCGUAACAACAACCUCAAAGUGUGGGUCGACUUGCACGGUGCGGCCGGCUCCCAAAACGGGUUUGACAAUUCAGGUCUCAGAGACUCGUACGCCUUUUUGGAACCCAGCAACCUUGCCGUCACCACAAGCGUGCUACAGUACUUGCUCCAAAAAUACUCCCAGUCCGAAUACCUCGACACCGUUAUUGGUAUUGAGCUCAUUAACGAGCCUCUUGGCCCUGUCUUAGACAUGGAUGGACUAAAGCAGUACUACGAGUCUGCAUACAAUUACCUCAGAAACGAACUAGGAAGCGACCAGAUCGUUGUCAUCCACGAUGCUUUCCAACCUUACCAUUACUGGGAUUCCACGUUGACUCUUUCUGACAACAACGCCUGGGGUGUUGUUCUGGACCAUCACCAUUACCAAGUCUUUUCCAACGGGGAACUGCAGCGUUCUUUCGACGAUAAAAUCGCCGUUGCGUGCGAAUGGGGUUCCGGCACUUUAACCGAAGCUCACUGGACCGUUUGCGGUGAAUGGGCCGCUGCCCUCACCGACUGCACCAAAUGGCUCAACGGUGUCGGUUACGGUGCUCGUUACGAUGGUACUUUCCAGAAAGGCUCUGACACUUCCAGCUACAUUGGCUCUUGCCAAAACAACGAAGACAUCACCUCAUGGUCCGACGAAAGAAAGACCAACACCCGUAAAUACGUCGAAGCCCAAUUGGACGCUUACGAGCUAAGAAGCGGAUGGGUCAUCUGGACUUACAAGACCGAAAACUCGCUAGAAUGGGAUUUGCAGCGCCUCAUGUACAACGGUCUGUUCCCCCAGCCCGUCACUGAUAGACAGUUCCCUAACCAAUGUGGGUUCUAA